ACAGAAUGUGUAACUUUGAAUCAGGCACUGAAUGUGAUUGGAGCCAAGAUUCUGAAGAUGACUUGGAUUGGGUGUGGCUUGAUGGUUUCCAAGGGGAUGCAGUGGGCGGUCCUGACUAUGACCACACCUACUUCAAUCCAACAGGUCAUUACUUCUUCCUGGAUUCUGGGGAAAAUGACGUGAAUAAGAAGGCUUUGUUGGAUAGUGUGGUAUACUCUAAACCUCAAAAUACAGGAGAUUGCCAGCUUCGUUUCUGGGCAUUUAUGAACGGAGCCAAUGUAAAUCGCCUGAGUGUUCUGACCCAAGUAUCAACCCAUGAUGACCCAGUAAGGUCUUGGACCAAGACAACAGCUACGGGUGAAGAGUGGAUCAAAUACAUUGUUCCAAUGGACACUGGAUACAAAUUCAAGGUAUACUUCGAAGGGAUCGCUGGUGGUCUUGAUGACGCAAUAGCACUUGAUGACAUCACAAUGACUCCUGGAUGUAUCAAAGAUCCUGAUCAAACAUUACCUGAUUCCGUCACGCCUACAGAUGCUCCACAUUGUAAUACUGGUGAAAGGGCAUGCAGGGAUGGUACUUGCAUCGCUUCUGAGAAGUUCUGCAACUUCAUCUAUGAUUGUGAUGACGUCUCUGAUGAACUUGAUUGCCCAUCUGUUUGUGACUUCGAGAAUGAUCUUUGUAUGUGGACCCAAGGAGUGAAUGAUAACUUUGAUUGGUCAAGAUUCAACAACUCUGAGGAAUCAAGCUUUGCUGGACCAAUCUCUGACCAUUCACGUGGUAGUCCAAUGGGUAUCUACUACUUUGUUGAUGGUCUGACAAGCACAAGGAAUCAUCAUGCAACCUUGAUCAGCCCUAAGUUUGGUCAGGCAGGAACUAACUGCAUAGCAUCUGUGUGGUACUACAUAUACGGUGCUUCAUAUGGUAACCUGGAGAUCAAAAGAAGACUAGCUGGCGAGGAUAGGACCUUGAUGGUCAUUAACGAGGGUAAUAUGGUCAGCGAGCAGUGGACACAGGCCAGGAUAGCUCUUCCGCCAUGCCUUGCAAGCUUCAAUCUUGUCUUAGAUGCUGGUAACCAACAGACCACCCCUACUCCAGGAGGAUUUGCUAUCGAUGAUAUCCGUCUUGAUAACUGUGCCUUUGACGUUUCACCAUCAUUGAUACCAUGCCAGUCUAAUUACUACCAGUGUUCUGUUGAUCACUGUUAUCCGAGAGAUAGUAAGUGUGACCUGACCCUAGACUGCUGUACAGACAAUGGCAUGGGAAAUGAUGAAACUAACUGUGCUUCUUACAAGCAAUGUGACUUUGAGGAUGGUCUGUGUGAUGUCUGGAGUCUGAUGCCAGAAAAUGAUUUUGAUUGGUCACGAGUGCAAGGACAGGAUAUGACGCAAUUGACCUUUGACCACACCUUAGAUUCAGGCGAUGGAUCUUUCCUGUAUAUGGACCCUACCAACCAAGCAAGUAGUGGUGAAAAAACACAGCUCGGAAGCUUUAUUAUACAGCCUGCUAAUAACAACUGUAAGAUGCGUUUUUACUACUACAUGAGUGGCAGCGCCAGUGGAACUUUGAAUGUGUAUACUCGCACGUUGAUAGGAGGCCCUCUAUUGUCGAGAUGGUCAGACUCUGGAGAUCGAGGUUUAAUGUGGAUGAAGCAAGUCAUUACUCUCGACAGUGACGAGAUCUUCCAGGUCAUCUUAGAAGGGGUGAAAGGUGAAGGGUCAUCGGGAGUGUUGGCCAUCGAUGAUACGACCUUUACACCUGACUGCAGAGCAUCAUCAGGCAGUCUACCCAGUAGUACAACUAGACCACCAACUACAACUGUUCCCCCUACUACUAAACGAAGAACAGAAGCACCAAUAACCACAUCAGGGCAAAUAGAAAUAACAACAGAAGAGCCAGAGGCUUCCGAUGAACCACCAGAAGACAAUACUGCAUUAAUCAUCGGUCUGUCUGUGACCUUUGGCCUACUGUUCCUCAUUAUAGUGAUAAUAUCACUUCUCUACUGGCGAAAGGGAAGAAGAGGGAAAGAGGACCUAGCAAGCCUACACACUGGUAUGGAAACAACUGGAUAUGAUAAAGAUUUUGGUAACAUGAAUUUUGCAUUACAAGAGGUUGAUACAAGCAUGUUUGGGGAAUUUCCAGAUGACUCAAUGCCUUCCGGUGCAGGAAUUGAUAACCCAAUGUAUUCAUCGCCUUCAACCUUACCAAUAGACGAAAACAGUGAGGCCUGAUAAUGAAGAGCGCCAUCUCAUGUCAAGAUGUAGCCAUUCUUUAGUAUUUAACAUUAGAUUCUUUUACUAGGUUCAAACAAGAAAAAUGUAUUUACAUUAUUAAGCUUCUACAUUCCAUUAUCAUAUGGGUUGAUUAAUUUGAUAUUGAUUUGGUGGAAGCCUCUUUAUCUUUAUUCGAAACAGCUAGCUAUAAAAAAAUAUCAAAUACAUUCCACAUAUAGCCUGUUUUAGUGAAUAGUUGAAUAGUUUUGUGAACGGCCAUUAUAUGACUUGUGUAGAAUCCAUAUCAGCAUCUGUCGCACAUUUAUUUCGUAUUUUCCAAUAAAUGUGUA